GGGUCUGGGGAACUCCUGUCUCUCUUUUCUCUCUGACUCAGCCAGGUGUGCACGCUCCUGUAGACCUGAGCCAUAAUGCUGAACGUAUCACUAGGUUACUUCAUAGCUGUGGUGGCCGUGUGCACCUUAGCCAGGUUUCUGGUUGUGCGACAGAGGAAACGAUGGCUAUUCCUGGUGGAAUUAACCGCGGCCUUCGGGCUCGCAGCCUGCAGACUGGAGGUGCAGACCAUUUCUGAGAUUGGCCAGUGGGCUGGAGGCCUGGGAGCAGAUGUUUCCCUCACCAUGCUUUUCUUAGCCAUAAUCGUCCAUGGUGUCAUCAUGCAAGGAGUCACUGGGAACCCCUCCAUGAGUUUAAUGGGGCUCCUGCAGAAAGAGGCUGGAGUGGUGUUCACCACUCUCAGCAUAGCCAGCCAGUUCACUGGGGCGCAUCUCGCCCUGCUAUUGGCCAGCUGGUACUGGAAGAUGGAGCUGAUAGACAUGCACAUGAUCAAGAACAUGAUGUUAGCUGAAUGCACUUCUUCGCUGAAUGCGUCUUUGAUACAGGGCACCAUUGUGGAGGUUGUGGGUGCGUUGGUUUAUUACCUGACCGUUCUAAGCCUGCGCCGCAGGUCACAGCUGCUUCAGAUUCCUCUUCUAGCCCUGCUGCUCACCUUCCUCUACUAUGUAGGGUCUGGCUACACCUCCGCUUACGUGAACCCAUCCCUAGCCUACGCACUGACCUUCACCUGUCCUGGACACACCUUUUUGGAGUACGCUGUGGUCUACUGGCUCGGACCUUUCUUUGGCAUGACCCUGGCCUUGUUCCUGUACAGGGGGAACAUUCCCCUGCUCUUCAACAAGAACCUGCUUUACUCCAAAAAGUCACGCUUUCGCUCUCCAAAAGCGAAAAACACUGAAGAGAAAAAAAAGUAGCCAAGACUAUCUCACCAUCUUCAACAGGCCUCAUCUUUACCACAGAUCAGAAGAUCAGAAGCAUCUUAUGCCAUGGUGUUUCUUUGUAAAGUUUAUUUAAAAGAGAAAAUUAACUGUAACAGGAUUUUUUUUUAUAAACUUUGCAAUAAAAAUUUAAUUUUUUAAA